UCACAGAAUGGCCUCGGACACCCAGGCAGUCCCUGACGUGUCGGGGAGGAGCCGGGCGCGGAGGUACGCGGAGUGGAGCUCGGGGCUGCGGAGGGGAGCUGAGCCGAGCGGCUGGGCGGGCCUGGCCAGGCCAGCGGAGCGGAGACGUGGGUCGAGCGGCGGUGAACAUGCGCUUUUGACACAUUGGAGGCUUUCUUGAUCAUGGAUGGUGAAGAUAUACCAGAUUUUUCAAGUUUAAAGGAGGAAACUGCUUAUUGGAAGGAACUUUCCUUGAAGUAUAAGCAAAGCUUCCAGGAAGCUCGGGAUGAGCUAGUUGAAUUCCAGGAAGGAAGCAGAGAAUUAGAAGCAGAGUUGGAGGCACAAUUAGUACAGGCUGAACAAAGAAAUAGAGACUUACAGGCUGAUAACCAAAGACUGAAAUAUGAAGUGGAGGCAUUAAAGGAGAAGCUAGAGCAUCAAUAUGCACAGAGUUAUAAGCAGGUCUCAGUGUUAGAAGAUGAUUUAAGUCAGACUCGGGCCAUUAAGGAGCAGUUGCAUAAGUAUGUGAGAGAGCUGGAGCAGGCCAACGACGACCUGGAGCGAGCCAAAAGGGCAACAAUAGUUUCACUGGAAGACUUUGAACAAAGGCUAAAUCAGGCCAUUGAACGAAACGCAUUUUUAGAAAGUGAACUUGAUGAAAAGGAAUCUUUGUUGGUCUCUGUACAGAGGUUAAAGGAUGAAGCAAGAGAUUUAAGGCAAGAACUAGCAGUUCGGGAAAGACAACAGGAAGUAACUAGAAAGUCGGCUCCUAGCUCUCCAACUCUAGACUGUGAAAAGAUGGACUCCGCCGUCCAAGCAUCGCUCUCUUUGCCAGCUACCCCCGUUGGCAAAGGAACGGAGAACACUUUUCCAUCACCGAAAGCUAUACCAAACGGUUUUGGUACCAGUCCACUAACUCCCUCUGCUAGGAUAUCAGCACUAAACAUCGUGGGGGAUCUCUUACGGAAAGUAGGGGCUUUAGAAUCCAAAUUAGCAGCUUGCAGGAAUUUUGCAAAGGACCAAGCAUCACGAAAAUCCUAUAUUUCAGGGAAUGUUAACUGUGGGGUGCUGAAUGGCAAUGGCACAAAGUUCUCUCGAUCAGGGCAUACAUCUUUCUUCGACAAAGGGUUUGAAGAAAUUUUGAUUAUCCCUCAAUUGUACGGUAAUGUGUGUAUUUAAGUGUGCCUUGCACUGUUACAAUUCCUGUAUGCAACACUUUAUCAGUCUCUGCCUCACGAGAACCUACAAAAAAGAUAAAUGAAGGAAUAACAGGAAUUCAAUGAAACAAACUUCUCUCCUUUUAAGUUAUCACAUGAAUAGUGCUUCUGUGUAAAAACAAGGCAAUUUUGCAUCACCAAGGUUGGAGUUACACAGUACUUGCUGCGUAUCAACACUAAAGUAUCACUUCCCUUUCCUGCACAGGGGAACAGGCCAAGAGGUGGCUUGAAAAGCUGCUCAUCAGCUCCUUUGCCUUUAGCCAGGUAGAGGAAUAUAUAUGAGCAGUGUCGAAGUGAUCAUUUUCUGUUUCCAAACUGAAGCAACAAGAAGGUUGAGGACCAUAUUAAAAAUGGAUACUUAAAAAAAAAAAAACAACCAAAAAAUAAAUAAAACAACAAAAAUGUAUAUUGACAUUACAGUGGGCUACAAAGAUAUUAAAAUUUCUUUUGAUCUUGGAGAAAUUUCAAGGGCAAAUAUAUUUGUUGAACAAAUGGAUGAAUAAAUAACCAACCAACCUCCUGCAAUUGAAGGAUUUCUGCUUCCAGACUCUUCAAUUUCUUUUCACUCUCUUUGGAUUGAGCAAAAAUCUCAUCUCUGGAUGCACGAGCUUCUUCUAAUUCACGCUGAUAAUCCUUCAUCUGAGCCUAUUAAUAAGAAGGUUUUGGAGUGGUUUACAUUCUUAAUUUUAGUUAAAAAAAAUUUUUUUUAGAGAUGAGCCCUGUGUUGUCCAGGCUGGUGUCAAACUCAAGGCCUCAAGCAUUCCUCCUGAUUACAGCUGUGAGUCACUGUGCCUGGCCCCAUUCUUAGAUUGUAAACAUGACAUUUUUUUUUCUAGAUUAUAAAAGUAAUAUACUUUCAUUGUAAAUAUAAAAGUAUAUGGAAAUGACAAGGAUAUCAUAAGAAAACUACACAUCAAAAUGAAAUCCCUUAUAAAUACAAAUGCAAAAAUCUUCAACAAAGUAGUAGCAAACUGAAUCUGGCAACAUGUGGAAAGGAUUAUACACCAUGACCAAGUGGGAUCUAUCUGAGGAAUGCCAGGUUGGUGUGACAACCAAAAAUGAAUUAAUGUAACCAUAUAAUCAUCACAAUAAAUGCUGAAGAAGCACUUCACAAAAUCUAAUACCCUUUCAAUAUAAAAAUACUCAAGCUAUGAACAAAAGGAAAUUUCUUCAACUCUGAUUAAGGGCAUCAAUGAAAAACUGACAGCCAAUAUCAUACUUAAGGAUCAAUGACUGAAUGGUUUCCCUCUAAAAGAUGAGAAACAAGGAUGUUCGAUCUUGCCACUUCUAUUUAACACUGCAGUAGAGAUUCCAGCCAGGGUAAUUAAUUAGGCAAGACAAAGAAAUAAAAGAUAUCUAGAUUGGAAAGGAAGAAGUAAAACUAGUUCAAUUUGCAGAUGAUCUGAUCUUGUAUAUAGACAGGCUUAAGAAAGACACAAAAAGAAUUAGAACUGCUGGUAAUAUGGACAAUAAAAGAAAAGAAAGUCCACAAGAACUAAUAGAUGAGUUUAGCAAGAUUACAGAAUACAAGAUCAACAUACAAACAUCAAUUAUAUUUCUGUACACUAACUAUGAACAUUCAAAAGAAAGCAAUUACAUUUAUAAUAGAAUCAAAAGAAUACAAACUUAGAUAUAAACUUAACAAAAGAAGUGAAAGACUUGUAUACCAAGAACAAAACAUCACUGAAAAAAAUAAAAAAGAUCUAAAUAAAAGGAAAGAUUAUCCAUGUUCAUAAACCAGACGACUUAAUAUUGUUAAAAUAGCAAUACUCUCCAAAUUGAUCUACACAUCAACACAAUAAACUAUCAAAAUGGGUGGCAGAAAUUAACAAGCUAAGGCAGGUGUGGAAAUCAUUUAUCUCAUAAAGAAUUUAUAUCCAGAAUACAGAAUUGUUUCAACUCAGUAAUUAAAAGACAGCUCAGCUGUUCAACCUCAUUAGUAGUCAUUGGAGAAAUAAAAAUAAAAGCCACAAUGAAAUGUCACUUCACACCCACUAAGAUGGUUACCAUCAAAAGAUGGACAAUAACAAGUGUUGACAAGAUGUGGAGAAAUUUGAACCCUCAUAGAUAGCUGGUGGGAAUGUAAAACUGCAGUCACUGUGGGAAAGUUUGGCAGUUCCUCAAAGUUAAACACAGAGGUAUCAUAUACCCCAGAUCAGUUCCACUCCUAGGUAUAUUUCUGAGAAAACUGAAAGCACAUGUCCACACAAAUGUAUAUGAAUGUUCAUAGAGGCAUUAUUCAGAAGUCAAAAACUGAAAACACCCAAAUGUCCAACUCAGGGAUAGAUGAAUAAAAUGUGGUAGAUGUAUCCACACAGUAGAGUGUUAGUAAUAAAAAGGAGUGCGGUACUUAUUCAUGCUGCUACAUGGAUGAACUUUGAAAACAUUAUGCUAAGUGGAAAACCAGUCACAAAAGGCCACGUAUUGUAUGAUUCCACUGAUAUGAAAUAUGAAACAAAGGCAAAUCUAUACAGACUGAAAGAUUAGUAGUUGAUUAAUGCAGAAUGCAGCAGGGAUACAGGGAAUGGGGAGUGACAGCUAAUGGGUAGAGGAUUUUUAGGAGGGACCAAAAUGCCCCAAAUUUGAUAGUGGUGGUGGCCGAAUAAGUCUAUGAAUAAACUAAAAAACACUGAAAAUGCUAAAUUGGUGAAUUGUAUGGUAUGUAAGCUAUAUUUCAAUAAAGCUGUUAAAAUCACA